AUGAAGUUCACUGGAAUCGCCGCUUCUCUCGCCCUGGUCGGCGUUGUUUCUGCCGCUGCCCUCCCUCAAGUUCCUGGACUCAAUGGCGCCAUUGAGGGUAUGGAAGGUGCCGCUGAAGGAACCCUUGCCGCCCUUACUCACGGCGCCAAGCGUCAGUUUGAUGCUCUCUAUCCUGACUCUCAGGCCGUUGGUAGCUCUCUCAACGGUGUUACUGGUACCACCGGAAGCGCGGUUGGUACUGCAGAGUCAACAGUUGGUGGUGCUGCCGGUACCGCUGAGAACGUGCUUGCAAAAACCGUUGGAGUCGUGAAGCGUCAGUUUGAUACUCUCUAUCCUGUUACUGAAGGCACUGGUAGUACUCUGAACGGCGCGACUGGAACCGUCGGCAGCGCUGUCGGAACCGGUGAGAGCACCGUUGCUGGUGCUGCUGGUACUGUUGAGAAUGUUGGCACCAAUAUCCUUGGUGCUGUUAAGGCUCGCCAACUCGAAACUGCCUAUCCCGUCACUGAGGCCACUGGUAGCAGCCUGGAUGGCGUUACUGGCCUCACUGGAAGCGCCGUCGGCACUGCGGAGUCAACGGUUGGUGGUGCUGCUGGCACCGCUGAACACCUUGUUGCUAACACUGCUGGCGAUCUUAAGGCUCGCCAGUUCACCACCCUCUACCCUGUCACUGAGGCCACUGGCAGCAGCCUGAAUGGUGCUACUGGUCUUAUUGGUAGCGCUGUUGGAACUGGAGAGUCCACUCUUGGAGGCGCUGCGGGUACUGCUGAGGACGUCGUUGCCAAUACUGCUGGUGACCUCAAGGCACGCCAGCUUGGAAACAUGCCCGCCACCCUUGAACAGACCAUCUCAUUUGCUCUGAUCGGUCUUUCUGGAAACCCUACCGGCCUAUAUGGUGCCCUGAACAACUUGCACACCAUCGUCAACGCCGGUGAUAUCUCUCAUGAGAGCCUGACCAACAUGCCCCAGGCCGUCCAAGACGUCAUCGCCCACCUUGCUACUGCCUAA